UGCGCCAUCCCCUCCGCCGUGCGCUUCCCCGGCGUCGCCAUCCACCUGGCGGAGCCGCGCAUGGGCCGCACCCGCCGGGCUUUCCUCGCUCGCCUGGCGCUGUCCAAGGGCUUCCGCGUGAUGGACGCCUACAGCUCCGAGGUGACACACGUGGUGAUGGAACAGACUUCACCAGAGGAGGCCAUCUGCUGGCUGGAGAGCAGGGCGGCCCCUCCCCCAGGUUGCAACCGCCCAGUGCUGCUGGACAUCAGCUGGUUCACAGAGAGCAUGGCAGCUGGGCAGCCGGUCCCUGUGGAGGCCCGGCACCACCUGGAGGUGGCUGUGCCCAGGAAGGGGUUGCCAAGCCCAGUGUGGAUGCCACCCUAUGCCUGCCAGCGUCCCACACCUCUCACACACCAUAACACCAUCCUCUCGGAGGCGCUGGAGAUGCUGGCAGAGGCAGCAGGCUUUGAAGGCAGCGAGGGCCGCCUCCUCUCCUUCUGCAGAGCAGCCUCCGUGCUCAAGGCGCUGCCUGGCCCCAUCACAUACCUGAGCCAGCUGGAGGGCCUGCCCCACUUUGGAGAACAUUCCUGCAGGGUCAUCCAGGAGCUGCUGGAGCAUGGAGUGUGUGAGGAGGUGGAGAAAGUCCGACUCUCAGAGAGGUACCAGAGCAUGAAGCUCUUCACCCAGAUAUUUGGGGUCGGAGUAAGGACUGCUGACCGGUGGUACCGGGAAGGGUUGCGGACACUGGAUGACGUCCAGAAGCAGGUGCAGAGACUGACCCAGCAGCAGAAAGCAGGACUCCAGCACUACCAGGACCUGAGCACCCCCGUCCAGCGGUCUGAUGCGGAGGCCCUGCAGCAGGUGGUGGAGGCUGCUGUGGGGCACACCCUGCCUGGGGCUACCGUCACGCUGGCUGGCGGCUUCCGGAGGGGGAAGUUACAGGGCCACGACGUGGACUUCCUCAUCACCCACCCCCAGGAGGGCCAGGAGGCGGGGCUGCUGCCCAGAGUGAUGAGCUACCUGAAGCAGCAGGGCCUUGUCCUGUACCACCAGCAUCAGCACCAGCAUCAGCAUGGCCACAGCGGAGACCCCACCCACCUGCCCCCACGGAGCCACACCAUGGACACCUUUGAGCGGAGUUUCUGCAUUUUCCGCCUGCCCAGACCCCCAGGGGCUGCUGUGGGGGGGACCCAGAGGCCCUGCCCCUCCUGGAAGGCUGUGCGUGUGGACCUGGUGGUCGCCCCCAUCAGUCAGUUCCCCUUUGCCCUGCUUGGCUGGACUGGCUCCAAGCAUUUUGAGCGGGAGCUUCGCCGAUUCAGCCGGAAGGAGAGGGGUCUGUGGCUGAACAGCCAUGGUCUGUUUGAUCCGGAGCAGAAGGCGGUGUUCCAAGUGGCUGCAGAGGAAGACAUCUUCAGGCACCUGGGCCUCACGUACCUUCCCCCAGAGCAGAGAAAUGCCUGACCCCCUCUGCCAGCCCCACUGACACUCUGGGAAUGGGGGGCUGCUCAGCCCACCAGACCCAUGGAUGCCCUUGGACACUGAC